AUAUUCGAUUAAAAAGUCUAUAUAAAGACAAGGUAACCAAAUCAAGAUUGCAUAUAGCGCAAAUACAAGUUAUAGCAACGCAUUCAUUGAAGAAAAGAAAAUAAAAAUGGCUGAUGAUUUGAAAGGUCAAUUGGAGGCUGAGGUACAACUCAAAUGCAGUCCUGAACAGUUCUUCAGCGUCUGGAAGAAUGAUGCCCAACAGGUUCCCAAUCACACUCCUUCCAAUGUUCAAGGAGUUAAACUCCAUGAAGGUGAUUGGGAGACUUCAGGUUGUAUCAAGAUUUGGGACUACACUAUAGAAGGAAAGCCUGGAGUAUUCAAAGAGAAGGUGGAAUUGGAUGAAGCAAACAAAAUAGUGAAGCUUAUUGGACUGGAAGGUGAUGUGUUCGAGAUUUAUAAGGUUUACAAUUGCAUAUGGCAUCUCAAAGGUAAUCUGGCAAAAGUGACUAUUGAAUAUGAGAAACUGAACGACAAUGUUCCUGCUCCACACAUAUACUUAGAUUUUCUGGUUAGCAUGACCAAGGAUAUUGAUGCUUCCCUUGUCAAGCCUUAAAUCUUAGCAAAGUGACCUGUCGUUCCUGUUAAACUGGGUCCUUUCCUUUUGUAAUAAUAAAAUAAAAGCCUUCUGCUUAUAUACAUUUGAGAUGUGAAAUUAUGGAAGAGCUGUUGCUAUUUGUAAUAUUGUUGAUUUGUGUGUGUUUUGUAAUUAAUUAUUAAAUAAAGCUAAAUUAUUAUUAUGCUCAAA